UGCGGGUGGGGCCUCUGGGGCGGAGCGGCCACCAUCUUGGAACGGAGGCGGAGCAGAGCCGACUGGGAGCGACCGAGCGGGCCUCCGCCGCCGCCAUGAACCCCGAAUAUGACUACCUGUUUAAGCUGCUUUUGAUUGGUGACUCGGGUGUGGGCAAGUCAUGCCUGCUUCUGCGGUUCGCUGAUGACACAUACACGGAGAGCUACAUCAGCACCAUUGGGGUGGACUUCAAGAUCCGAACCAUUGAGCUGGAUGGCAAAACCAUCAAACUUCAGAUUUGGGACACAGCUGGUCAGGAACGGUUUCGGACCAUCACUUCCAGCUACUACCGGGGGGCCCAUGGCAUCAUCGUGGUGUAUGAUGUCACUGACCAGGAAUCCUAUGCCAAUGUGAAGCAAUGGCUGCAGGAGAUUGACCGCUAUGCCAGCGAGAAUGUCAAUAAGCUCCUGGUGGGCAACAAGAGUGACCUCACCACCAAGAAGGUGGUGGACAACACCACAGCCAAGGAGUUCGCAGACUCUCUGGGCAUCCCCUUCCUAGAGACAAGUGCCAAGAAUGCCACCAAUGUCGAGCAGGCUUUCAUGACUAUGGCUGCUGAGAUCAAGAAGCGGAUGGGGCCUGGGGCAGCCUCAGGAGGAGAACGGCCCAACCUCAAGAUCGACAGCACCCCUGUGAAGCCAGCUGGUGGUGGCUGUUGCUAGGAGGGGCACUUGGGAUGGGACAGGAGGGGACACCUUCAGAUGAUGCCUCUGGAGGGGUCAGGAGAUGCCUCCUUCCUCUCCUGGGCAUUUGAGUCUGUGGCUUUGAGGUGUCCUGGGCUCCCCAUCUCCUUCUGGCCCAUCUGCCUGCUGUCCUGAGCCCUGGUUCUGUCAGGGUCCCCAAGGGAGGACGUCCAGGACCUGUGGCAAGGGCAGGGACGGGGGCUGCUCUGCUGCUGCCUCUAGAUACCUUGGAAAGAUGCCGCCUUCCUUUGGAACGAGGGCUCCUCUGUCUCCCUUUCCCCGUGUAUGCUGCACUGGGUUUCUCUUUCUCUCGCCCCUUCCCAAGAGCUGAGUCCUCCUUGACCUCUGCUGCCCCUGGCUGCAGUCAGCACCUUGGGUCAGGACUGUAGCCAGGGGAUCCACGGCCUGUGAUUGGAUCUAGGGCCCUGGGCUGGACCUCAGGACGGGUAUGGGGGGCGCAGAAGUCCAGCAGCCCACCCUUUUCCUCUGCCUCUACACCCCUACACUCACAGCUCAAGCCGUCCAGCUACAGUAGGCUCAGAGCACAGCUAGGGCAGGUGGGCGGGCAGUUACGCUGGGCCUGUGUCUUGAGCCCAGGGGGAGCCUGCUCCUGCCGUCCCCUACCCUGCCAGAGGCAGGCCUGUGUGCUGCCUGCUCACCGUGCCCCUUUGUGCCCGAGGCAGGCGGAGGCGGAAGGCCCACCGUGCCAGAGGCCAGGCACCAGCCUUAACCCUUACUCUGCCAGCACCCCUCCUCUUUCCCUGAGGCAGCACAUCUGGCUCAUUCUUCCUCUCAUUGCUUAGAGCCUAAGGGGGCAGAGCCUCAUCCCUGCCUCUAUUCUGGGGAAUGUGGGUGCACCCCAGGACUGGGGGCUUCUUUGCUCACCCUCUACCCACCCAGGAUCCUGGCCCUCUGCCCUCUGGCACAGCUUCUUCCUGCGGAAAGCAAACCUGGUCUCUACCUAAGAAGCCAUGUCCCUGUGCUGUCUCUUGUCUGUCCCAACCACACCCUGCCCCCUCUCCAGCUUGUAUUUAAAUCCCUGGGCCACCCCUUUGGGGCCCUCCCAGGUUCCCCUCUGGUGUCAUGUCGGGCAUUUUGCAAGGAAAAGCCACUUGGGGAAAAAUGGAAAAGGACAACAAAACAAUAAAUUUCCACUGGCCCUUGGAGGAGCCGAGGGUUUUUGCAAGGAAA